GGUCAGGGACAGAAAGAUACCAAAGAAAGGCAUACAUCAACUUAUAAACAGGGGAGGUCCCAGGGGAGGAUACAGUCUUUAACCAAUUGGGAGAAACUGGGGGUAGAACACAAGGCAGGGAAUACAAUGUUUAAACCAAUAGGGGAUUACAGGGGAGGAGAACAACUUAAACAAAUCAAUGGGGCUUUUAAGGGUACAAAAUUGAUAGAGAAGUUUCUAGAAAAAGGGGCAGGCGUGGGAAGGGAUUGACAUUCAAUGGGAGGAAGAACAGGAAACAAAAGGGCAGGUCCUUGAGGAGAUGGACAACUAGGGCAAAACCAACAACACGGGGGAAAGGAACAAUCCAUUGGUAAUAAAAUAUGCUAUAAGAAUACAAAAUGGGAGGGGGGUUAUACAGCUGACUAAAAUAAAAGUUAUCACCUUACCCUUAAAUACGGUAAUUUCCCAUAUUGGCUAAAGCACCACAGCAGGAUGGUGUGAGGGGUAUAUCCUGUGUAUUUCUUUACUUUGUAUUUCUUUGUAUUCAUCCCUGCCUGUUUUUUUACUACUUGAUGGGGACUGCUUUUUCUAUUUAGGGUCUUGUUCCAGAGGUAGCUGGAUAGACAGCCUAUUCAAAAGAACUGCCAAUGAUGUUUGCUUGCCUUCACCAAAGCUUUCCUUCAUCAUUUGUCUUCACAGAUUUUCUAACUUAGGAAGCCACUCUUAAGGUCACAUAUAAGGUUCACUUGCACAGAGGGACAGAGUCACAAGAAGAGCUAAAAGCACUUUUCCUACUGAAGAGAUCAGGAGUCUUCAGGUCAGCUGGAACAUCAGAAAGAGAUGGACCCCAGAAAAAUGUGUGCUUGAGUGCCAGCAGCAGUAAGCUGGUGCUCUUAGCAGAAAAUAGAGAGACUGUGAGAUAAAAUAGAAACACAGACUCAUAGAAUCAUUUAGGUUAGAAAGAACUUGUACUGAACUUACUGAGACCUUGGUGUUCAGUACACAAAUGCCUCUUGAAAAUACUAAGGUGCCUCAAGAAAUUUUUAUAAGCCAGCAGAAAAUUCAGGGUUGUAUGUUCUCAACAUUACAGAUGAAAAAACUUCCCAGAACAAAGCCUCAGACCUUAUCACAAUUGCAUCCUGAAAGGAAGCGAGGCUAAACAGUGCCUAAAGCCAGCUGAAGUCUGCUUGGAAACCUUGUCUCUUGUUGCUCUAGGUAUCAAAAUAGGAAGUAAACAGCUUAGAAGCAGUGCUGAGAAUGGUUUGGAGGAAGUACAGCUUCCUCUCCCUGCACUUGCUAAGUUUGCUUAUCUUCCUUUCUCUCAGCAUGGCCCCUUCACUCAUUACAGCCAGCAAAUGUUGCAGAGACCUUGCAGAAAUGGCCUAGAAAAAUAAUAUAUAUGCAAAAAAAUCUAUCACCAGCUCACAACUCUGAGAAGCCUUGCAAUGCUCUGCCUUAGAGCAAGAGCUUGAGGAUAUACUUCACAUCACUCAAAACAUCUCCAUUUCAGCCCCAAGAUUUUCACCAAAGAUACACCUCAAGCAUUAGGUGGUCUUAGAUCUUUGCAGAAUAUGCAACCCGAUUCUGACUUCCGGUGUCUUUACAUACAUACAACAGCAAUCACUAAAACACUUUGAAGUACUUUACAGGCAUUACUUAAAGGGAAAAUACAGUGUUUCUGGAGUUUUCUUUGGAUUUUCUUUGGAUUUGGGAAUAAAACCAUCCCCAAUCUGCUUAAGCUUGUAAUGUACAGGACAACCAGAGAAUACAAUGCUCUUUUCAUUAAAGUUAGAGGCCUUUAUGAAAGACAUUAUGACAGUAGACCUUCUGAUGGGAAAGGAUGAAGUGCCAUAGAAGUCAGUGGGCAUCAUCCCUUCAGGCAGAAGUCAAAGCAGAGCUGUGUCACUGUCCUCUGUGGCCAACUGACCCGACUUAUUAUUAGUGCCUUAGGGGGGUUAGAGUUAGUUUUUGGUUAGAGUAAGGAUUAAAUACGUGAUUUUCAAAUGUAGUGGUCUGGUGAAAUUCACAUGAAGUAGUAAUGUGGUUCAGCUGCAGAGCUGCUAACAGUUCUGGCAUGAAGAAAAUGCCUGAUGGACAGAAAGGUAUUGCCAAAAGCUGCAAAAAGCAGAAAUGCAGUAUUUUAGCAGAGACAAAAAUGGAAAAAGGAGAAGAAAAAAAAAUUAACCUGGUCAGCUUCAUUCCAGUUACUAAAAACUAUAAGGUCAAACAGAUAACUCUCACCAAAAUAAGGAGGCAAUACAUUAAAUACAUGGAUUUGUUGAAAACAAAUGACAUGAAACCAUUCAUUGUGAAAACCUGAUCUUGUGUUAAAAUUUGAAAUUAAAUUUUAAAAUGUUCUCUGUUCAUUUUACUAGUCAGCCUCCAGAUGGUAGUCCAAGCGAAAUGUCAGUUUUCUUUGUAACCAAACAAGGCAUUGGGUGAAGAGAAACUGGAAAUGUCAUUUAUAUUGAUUUACACAAAACCUUACUAGACUUUCCCAGAAGUUAAUCAUAGAAACAUUUUCUAGAUGCAUCAACAAUUAAAUGGAUGCUAGACAGAUAGAAAUCAGACAAGGUACGUUUUAGUUUUUCAAUACAAGGAAAAAUCAAACAGGAAUCCUGGUAAAUUUGGCCUAAAUGGGGACCGAUUUGGCAUUUCCAUGAAUGAUUUAGCCAGCAGGAUAUGAAAUAUUACUAUUAUUAAAUAGCUGCUGGCCAGGAGGAGGGGUGGCACUAAGGAAUUUCAACAGAUAAAGGUAACUGAGCACACAAAGAAGGGAAAAAGGUUGCUUGUCCAGAGGAAAGGAUGACCAGCCAAAACAUGGCAGUUGCCUUCAAAUACCUAAAAUGUAAAUGCAGAGCAGGAGGGCAGAGCCUGUUCUCCCUACACUUCAGCACAGGCAAAGCUGGCUAUGGCUUUAGGAGGUCUAAGUCAGUCAAGCAUCUGUGGGCAAUUGAUACUGCCUGGGGCUAGCACAGCACUCACCUCCCUCUUAGCUGUUUAGUUUCUGAUUUAGUUGCAAUGGAAUAGUUCCAUAAGCCAAUAAAAAGGAAGGUAAAAUCAGAGGUAAGUACAUAGGAAAUCUACAGACAUUUCGCUUGGACUACCAUCUGGAGGCUGACUAGUAAAAUGAACAGAGAACAUUUUAAAAUUUAAUUUCAAAUUUUAACACAAGAUCAGGUUUUCACAACGAAUCAUGCAAACAUUUCAGAUUGAUUGUUUCAAAACAAAAUUAACUAUUUCUAAUCAAGACAUUCUAAUAAUGCUGAUAGAAAAAAUUGUAUUUUUAUUUGUUUUUUUCAUUUUCCUCAAAACCUCAUGACUUCAGUCCUUUUGCUAAACAAAUAUUUUCAUUCCAUAAUUACAUUAACUGGACAAAACACUCUACCGGACAAAAAUGCUGCAUCGAACUUCUGCUGGCUGCUAUUACAAGAGGCAAACAUUAGAAUAUGUGGAAUUUCAGCCUUUACAAAAUUCUAGAAAAUCUGAUCAAAAUUUUGAAAACAUUCUAGCUUUCAUUCAUCGGUGCACUCACAACUUUUAAUGGCAGAUUUUUUACUGGGAUGCAUUUAGAACAGCAUUUUUUUACACCAUUGAGUAAAAUCCAUCUAAGAAGAGAGAAGUCACAGAAUCACUGAAUUUGCUGCGUUGGAAGGAACUCACAAGGACCCUCAAAUGUAACUCCUGGCCCUGCCAUCAUCAAGGACUACCCCAAGAGUCCCAUCAUGUCCCUGAGGGCAUUGUCCAAACAUUUCUGGAACUCUGUCAGGCUGGUGCUGUGACCACUUUCCUGGGGAACCUGUUCCAGAGCCCAACCACCCACCUUUUCCUAAAAUGCAUUCUAACACAACUUCAGCUACUUCCCUUGGAUUCUGUCACUGGUCACUGCAAAGAAAAAUUACAGAAUCACAGAACCAGUCAGAUUGGAAAAGAUCUCUGAGAUCAUCAAGUCCAGCCUGUGACAGAACACCAUUGUGUCAACCAGACCAUGUCACAGAGUGCCACAUCCAGUCUUUCUCUAAGUAUCUCCAGGGACAGCAACUCCUCCCUGGGCAGUCCAUUCCAAUGCCUAAUCACCCUUUCAGUGAAUAAAUUCUUCCUAAUGUCCAAUCUGAACCUCCUCUGGCACAGCUUAAGGCUCUGUCUUCAUGUCGCUGGUUGCCUGGGAGAAGAGAGUGACACCCGCCUGGCUACACCCUCCUGUCAGGGAGUUGUAGAGAGUGUUAAGGUCUCCCCUGAGCCUCCUUUUCUCCAGGCAAAACAACCCCACAUUCCUCUUUUACUCCUCAGUCUCUGCCCCUCCUCUUCCCCUCAUGAGGGAGUUGUAACUGCAAUGAAGUCUCCCCUGUCUUCUCUUCUCCAGGCUGAAUAGACCAAACAACUUCAGCCACUCCUCACACAGCUUCCCCUCCAGACCCUUCACGAUCCUCGUUGCCCUCCUUUGGACACUCUCUAAUAGUUUCAUGUCUUUCUUACAUUGUGCCACCCAAAACUGGCCCCAGCAUUCGAGAUGAGAUCGCCCCAGUGCAGAGCAGAGCAGGACAAUCCCCUCCCUUGCCCGGCUGUUGAUGCUGUGCCUGAUGCCCCCAGGACAGGGUUGGCCCUCCUGGCUGCCAGGGCACUGCUGACUCGUGUUCAACUCACCAUUGACCAGGAGCCCCAGGUCCCUUUCCAUGGCACUGCUUUCCAGCCUCUCCUUCCCCAGUCUAUACAGACAACAGGGGUUGCCCCAUCCCAGGUGCAGAAGCCAGCACCUAUCUUGGUUGAAUUUCAUACAGCUGAUAAUUUCCCAUCUCUCUAAUUUGUCAAGGUAUCUUUCCAGGAUCUCUCUCCUUUAAGGGAGUCACCAGCUCCUCCCAGUUUUGUAUAAUUUGUGAAUUUACUUAGCAUUCUUUCCAGUCCUAAGUACAAGUGAUUUAUGUUGAGGAACACAGGGCCAAGGAUGGAGCCCUGUGGAACCCACUGGUGACAAGUCAUCAUUCACUCUAACCCUUUGUGCCCCACCUAUGAGUCGGGUGCUCAGCCAUCACAGGAUGUGUUUAUCCAGCUGUGAACUGGGAAUUUUGUCCAGAAAGAUCUUGUGAGAGACAGUAUCAAAAGCUUUGCUGAAGUGCAAAAAGAUAAAAAUAACAUGCCCUGGCUUCCCUUGAUCAGCUAUGUGGGCUACCUUGUCAUGAAAGGUAGUUAGGUUUGACAAGCAGGACUUUCCCCAGAUGAAGCCAUGCUGGCUUUGAUCAAUGAUUACAUUGUCCUCCAGGUGUCUUUCAAUACCUCCCAGAAGAAUCUUUUCUCUGAUUUUAUCAAGCACUGGAAGUGUGUUUGACAGACCUGUAAUUUCCAGGCUCCUCUUUCUCACCCUUCUUGAAAAUCAGGACCUCUCUGGAUUCCCAAGACUGCUCAAAAAUCAUCCAGAGAAGCUUUGCAGUGACACCAGCCAGCUUUCUGGGCAUUCUCUGAUGAAUCCCUCAACAGAUUUGUAGGGAUCCAGAUGGAGCAGCAGAUCCCACAUGUGUUCAGAGUCAAAGGAGAGUUGAUCAUUCUCGCAGUCGUGAGAGAGAUUUGGGAGUGCCACAAGGUAAAGAAAGGCUUUAAAAACAUAACUUCAUAGAUCCUUGGAUUUUUAUGAUGCAGCUGAGUGUUUUCUGAACCUUCCUGAUUUAAAGUUGUAAGGCUUACUGCCAAUAUGCAAUGACUGAAGGGAAUGUAAGAGGAAUGGUACCACAGCUGCCACUUUUGUCUCCUGGACUAUCCAAAUGUCAGGAGGAGCCUCCAUGAAAAAUGCAAGUGAUAACAGAACUGGCAAGGAUGGCCUGAUGACACAUUUUGGUUCUAUGAACCUGAAGUGAAAUGAAGCCUUCCAACAUUUUGGCAUGCAAGGCAUAACUCCAAAAGGCUGCAUCAGAUGACUGUGGUAUGUAACCAGCAUUCCUCAGGAUGAAAAGGCAGCAUCUGAGAGUCUUUGUGGCCCUCAAGCCAAGACAAGGAAAAAGUAGGAGCUGGGCAAAACACAUUCCUCAGGAACCCAUACUGUUGUGCACAUCUCUGUAUUUUUUCCAUGGCAGACACUGUUGGCUUGCAAAUCUCACCAGAUGCCUGUGGCAUUUUAGGAGCAUCCAAUCAAGCCAUCCUGUAUGAGGCAGUCACUACACUUGGUAUUCUAGUUGCCAUCGAGAUUGUUACUUCGUGUGAUCUCAUGUAAUCACCUGCACUCCCUCUAGACAGAGAUUUACUAACAAGGAGAAACUUCCACCUAUUUUUCCUGCUCAGUGAUGGCACUGAACUUCAUGGCUAUGGGAAAUGUAAGACUGGCAAUGUUUAUGACAUCAGGAGACAAAAUCUCUUUGAAAGCAUGUAAAUAUUGGUAAAUUGAACCAUUUCAAAAGGAAUGGGAAACUUGUAGCCAGCCAGAGCCAUGGAGGCCUACAAAAAAACUGCUUUUCGGGAUACUGCACUUCUCUGGUCAGCAUCGCACAGUGCCUCGUUCAGCCCAAUGCAAUAUCCAGUCCAACCAAGCCAUACUAGGACUCCUCAAAGGCUCAUUUCCCAACUUAAUCUCUUUCUCUAAUCAUCAUACCAGAUUUUAAAUACUAAAAGCUAUGGUCUCUGAACUAAUUUUUCCAUCUCAGAUGGCCUGCUCUGACCAGACCUGCCAACAGUGCCCAAUGGCAAAGGUCUGGAGCUUGACCUUCCCUGGCUCUCUAGGGGACACAACCCAACUAGGGCUCUCAGGCAGGGAAAACAAUCACCUGGCUUCCCCCUUUUGCCUUCCCUUGUGCCAUGGCCCAGACGAUGGCAGGACCCAGCCAGCAUCACAGGGAUGUGCCCUGCCCUCGAAGGUGGUGCCCUUUGUGACAGCAGUCUGGUGUGACAGCGGCUGUUUGUGAUGCAGUGCUCUAGAAGAGCACCUCCCUCAGGAAGCAGCAGCUGCCCAGGGCAAUACUGACAGGUCUGCAGCAGAGGAUGCUAAAGACAACCAUGGAGAAGGAGGAGCAGCUGGGAGCAUGGCCAGCACAGGCAUGUGGCUUCGUUGUAUCAGCUUCCCUGAGCGAUGCAGGUGCAAGGACAGGCCACCAGCAACAAGCAGCACAGCAGGAGCCACUAGGGCUAUCAGUGUGCAUUGAGUGCUACCAAAGCGCUACAUGGCUGUGGGGGCACAAGAAGCAGGGGCCUUUUGUGAGGGAGAUCAUCGUGUCCUUUAAGAGGAGCCCUCCCGAGGACCUGGACGGAAGCUGCCCAGCCAGAAGCACAUGCAGACCGGCCCACCUCUGGAAAGCCACCCAGCCACAGCAGCAGGAUGGCCUGGAGGACAGGGAGGUACAACAGCCGGAAAGCCAGGGACAGGGUUUCUCUCUGAGGUGCUCUGGGGGACUCAACGACACAUCUAUGCAGGUAAUGCAGGAGCAGCUAGGAGCCCAAGCUCCAAUCAUCAAGCCAGUGGCCUUGAUCAGGGAACAGAAGCAUGAAAAUGCCACUGAUGCAGAGCUGUCUGAGGAAGAGGAAUGGGCAGAUGCCAUAGACACAGAGCUCUCAGAGGAAGAAGAAUGGGAAGAUGCCAUUGACACUGAGGUGUCAGACAAGGAGGAAUGGCAAGAUACAAUAGGCACAGAACUGUCUCAAGGAAUAGAUGCUGUUGGGUCACCUCCUGUCCACCACCGGGUCAGCUCCUUGGGCCUGGAGGACAACACUGAACUAAGGGAGGGUCCCAGCUUCCCCAGCAGUGUGGGCAGAGAGACUGCAGGAGAGGCAGCUGACAAACUGCUGAGAGCAUCUCCUGCCCCAGCAAAUGCCCAGCUGGCUGAUUCUGCCCUGCUUGUAGCUCCCAAAGAAGAGGAGCAUCAUACGCCUCUCAAACAUGGGGAGGCAGAGCCACCAGCUUCUUCUGCCCCUGUGGAGGCUGCAAGAGCAGCAGGGGCAGAGAACCAGGCACCUGCUCCACAUGGCCCCACAGCCGAUGGCCCAGCUCAGGUGGACACAGCCCAGUCCAUGGAGGCUGAGGGCCUGGAUAAGGCUGUGCUUAUAGUCCAAGGACUUGAUGAGCCAUCAAGAGAAAUGUGGGGCCAGGAACAAAGCAAGGACAAGGUGACAGGAGACAAAGCUACAGCAGAAGGGCCAGAGAAUCUGGAAGUUGGCCCGCAGAGCCCCACAACCGAUGCUCCACUACUGCUGAACUCAGCUGAUUACAUCAGAACUGAGAUCAUUAAGAGGGCCUGGCUUAUGAUCCAGGAACCUGUACAGGAGCUAGAAGAAGAGUGGGAGCAGGAAAGAAGCAUGGAUGAGGCAACAGCAGCAACAGCCAGAGCAGAGGGGCCAGAGAGCCCACCACAUGCCCCACAUAGCCCCACAGUUGACACCCCACUUCUGCUGGACAUGGCUGACUACAUCAGGACAGACGUUGUUAAGAGGGCCUGGCUUAUGAUCCAGGAACCUGUCCAGCAGCCAGAAGAAAAGUGGGAGCAGGAAGGAAGCGGGGACAAGGUGACAACAGCAACAGCCAGAGCAGAUGGGCCAGAGAGCCCACUACAUGCCCCAUACAGCCCCCCAGUCAGUAACCCACCUCUGCUGGACAUGGCCAAGUACGUCAGAGCUGAGAUUGUAAAGAAGGCCCAUCAUUUGGUCCAGAGACCUUUCCAAGAAGUGAAGGAGCAGCAGGACCAGAAACAAAGCUCAGAUGAAGCAAUUGCAAGACCUGCAGGAUGUGCCUACAGCCUUCUUGCCUCUACUGUCCUCAACACCCCAGCUCAUGAGGGAUGGCUGAGCCAUGCCCUCAGACUGCGGCACAGGAGAGAGGCAGAAGAGGGAACGAACAGCCGAUACCACAGACCUGCAGGACACAGCCCAGGAGAUCAGAACUGAGAUACUGCGCAAGGCUAUGCUCGUGGUCCAAGGAUUCCAGACUAUGGAACAGCAAGAUCGGUGGAACAGCAAGACCAAAGGAGCAGGCAGAAGAAUAGAGAGAGCUGGAAAAGGGCCCAGGUUAGAUGAUGAGAGUUACAGACACAUUUAGGAUUUGAUGUAGACAAAUUUUGAUGCUAAUAAAAGUUGUUACUUUACCAACAGUG